GGAGCCGCACGCCCCCGUAUUGGUGGCUGCAUAUAUCGAGGCCCGGGACACCCGGUCGGCGGUCCUGGCUGAAGUUAGUCUGAACUGGUAGUGGUCUGCUUUUAGGCGAAAAGCCAUUGCACCAUGUCCCAUUACUUCAUGUUCCAGCCUCCAGAUGAUUACUGGGAAGAAUGGUUUGUUGUUUACGAUGGAGUGGCAACCUGAUGAACAGGGUCUUCAGCAAGUACUCCAGCUGCUCAAAGACUCUCAAUCACCAGACACAGCAACACAACGGGCAGUUCAACAAAAAUUGGAGCAGCUGAACCAGUAUCCAGACUUCAACAACUACCUGAUUUUUGUCCUGACCAGACUGAAAUCUGAAGAUGAACCAACGCGGUCCCUCAGUGGCCUCAUUCUCAAGAACAAUGUGAAAGCUCAUUACCAGAGUUUUCCCCAGGGGGUUGCCGAAUUCAUCAAACAGGAGUGUUUAAAUAACAUUGGAGAUGCCUCCCCACUCAUCAGAGCAACCAUAGGUAUUUUGAUCACUACCAUUGCUUCAAAGGGAGAGCUGCAGGCUUGGCCAGAGCUGCUUCCUCAACUCUGUAACCUGCUCAACUCUGAAGAUUACAAUACAUGUGAGGGUUCCUUUGGAGCUUUACAAAAAAUUUGUGAGGAUUCUUCUGAAAUGCUGGACAGUGAUGCUUUGAAUAGACCUCUCAACAUCAUGAUUCCCAAAUUCUUGCAGUUUUUCAAACAUUGUAGUCCCAAGAUCAGAUCCCAUGCAAUCGCUUGUGUGAAUCAGUUCAUCAUCGGCAGGGCCCAGGCACUCAUGGACAAUGUCGAUACUUUCAUUGAGCACCUAUUUGCGUUGGCAACAGAUGAGGAUUCAGAAGUGAGGAAGAAUGUAUGCCGGGCACUGGUGAUGCUGCUGGAAGUUCGGAUAGACCGCCUAAUUCCACAUAUGCACAGUAUAAUCCAGUACAUGUUGCAGAGGACGCAAGAUACUGAUGAAAAUGUAGCAUUGGAGGCGUGCGAGUUUUGGCUGACACUGGCUGAACAGCCAAUCUGUAAAGAGGCCCUAUCGGGACAUUUGAUCCAGUUGAUUCCUAUUUUAGUGAAUGGAAUGAAAUACUCGGAGAUUGACAUAAUCCUUUUAAAGGGUGAUGUGGAAGAGGAUGAUACCGUCCCAGACAGUGAGCAAGAUAUAAAGCCCCGUUUUCACAAGUCCCGCACGGUUACCCUGCAGCAUGAGGAGGAUGCCACUGAGGAAGAUGAGGACUUUGAUGACGAUGAUGACACGCUUUCAGAUUGGAACCUGAGAAAGUGCUCGGCUGCUGCACUGGACGUCUUGGCAAAUGUUUUCCGAGAUGAUCUUCUGCCUCACCUUCUGCCACUGCUGAAAGGAUUGUUGUUCCAUCCGGACUGGGUUGUUAAGGAGUCUGGAAUCUUGGUUUUAGGCGCAAUUGCUGAAGGUUGUAUGCAAGGGAUGGUUCCCUACCUCCCGGAGUUAAUCCCGCACCUCAUUCAGUGUCUGCCAGAUAAGAAGGCACUGGUGCGUUCAAUUGCCUGCUGGACAUUGAGUCGCUAUGCACACUGGGUUGUCAGUCAGCCACCAGAUCAGUACCUUAAGCCAUUGAUGACUGAGCUUCUGAAACGAAUCCUGGAUGGAAAUAAGAGAGUCCAAGAGGCAGCCUGCAGUGCAUUUGCUACAUUAGAGGAAGAGGCCUGCACUGAGCUUGUGCCGUAUCUCAGCUAUAUCCUCGAUACACUAGUAUUUGCCUUUGGAAAAUAUCAGCACAAGAACCUGCUGAUCUUGUAUGAUGCUAUUGGCACUCUGGCAGACUCUGUUGGACAUCAUCUCAAUCAGCCGGAAUACAUCCAGAAGCUAAUGCCUCCACUCAUUCAGAAGUGGAAUGAACUCAAGGAUGAAGAUAAGGAUCUCUUCCCUCUGUUGGAGUGUCUUUCAUCAGUGGCCACAGCUCUGCAGAGUGGCUUCCUCCCUUACUGUGAGCCUGUUUAUCAACGUUGUGUCACUCUUGUCCAGAAAACACUAGCCCAGGCAAUGAUGUACAAUACUCAACCGGAUCAGUAUGAGGCUCCAGACAAGGAUUUCAUGAUUGUGGCACUGGAUCUGCUCAGUGGCUUGGCAGAAGGUCUUGGGGGCAAUGUGGAGCAGUUGGUUGCUCGAAGUAAUAUCAUGACUCUUCUAUUUCAGUGCAUGCAGGACACCAUGCCAGAGGUUCGUCAGAGUUCAUUUGCACUUUUAGGAGAUCUCACCAAAGCCUGUUUCCAGCAUGUUAAACCAUGUAUAGCUGAGUUCAUGCCCAUCUUGGGAACCAAUCUGAACCCAGAGUUCAUAUCUGUGUGCAACAAUGCCACCUGGGCAAUUGGGGAGAUCUGCAUGCAGAUGGGUUCAGAGAUGCAGCCUUAUGUGUCACUAGUCCUGAAUAACUUAGUGGAAAUCAUCAAUAGACCAAACACUCCCAAAACUCUGCUUGAAAACACAGCCAUAACCAUUGGUCGCUUGGGUUAUGUGUGUCCUCAGGAAGUAGCACCCAUGCUGCAGCAAUUCAUUAGGCCAUGGUGCACGUCUUUGAGAAACAUCCGUGACAACGAAGAGAAGGAUUCUGCAUUCCGAGGGAUCUGUAUGAUGAUUGGAGUGAAUCCAGGGGGUGUAGUCCAGGAUUUCAUCUUCUUUUGUGAUGCUGUUGCUUCAUGGGUGAACCCAAAGGAUGACCUGCGCGAAAUGUUUUAUAAGAUACUGCAUGGGUUCAAGGAGCAGGUUGGUGAGCAGAACUGGCAACAAUUUUCUGAACAGUUCCCACCACUUCUGAAGGAGCGACUGUCUGCAUUCUAUGGCGUAUAGCUGAAGUUAAGGGACAUGUCAGGUUUCUGUUGCUGGGAGGGCUACUGGGAAAUCAUCCACAUCUAGGAGUUGCAAUGCCCUGUCAACGGGGGGUUAGGGUGGAGCUGGUGGGACUAAAAUAAACACCCCCUUUCUCCGGAAAUAUCGGGGGAAAAGAGCCUCUAAAGCAGAGCAAACAGGAUUAAUUAGGCUGAAAGAUCUUGCACGCCUUCUCUCUAAUGAGGCGAUUGCCACUACACACGGGAUAAUCCAAAGAUUCCUGAGAGUGAAAUCUCUCAGUUGGACAACUCGGGAGGGGGCAAAACGUGUUGGGGAAAUUUAGGGGAAAAAAUUAAAAUCUAGGCAAGCUUAGGGAAGAAUUCUAAAAGGUUAAUGAAAUUGGCUAGGUUUAAACAGCCUGGUCCAUCUAAAUUUGGGUAACAUCAAGUCUGAUGCUUGUGCCGUGGUUUAAGAGUAGAAGUUUUUAAAAGUUAGUUUUUUUUUUAACACAUUAAAGCUAGAGAGCAUACCAAGCUUUGUACUGUUGCAUAGAUCCCCCAGCAGUCAUCUAAAGAGUCACUGUUUCAAGCUAGACUGCAUGGUGGUGAGCUGUAAUACUCUAGUGAUCUCUGAACAGAAUGUAAUGAACCAUAACAUGUGUCUCUAUGUAGAUCAAGGCUUCACUAUCAUUUCCGAUGGUUUGUAACGGAUUGGUCCAAUACAGUAGCGCUCAGCUUUCUGCUUCCCUCGAGCCCAACGGUGGGCAGAAGAGAUCGUCGUUGGGAAGGGGAGGGAGUGGGUGGGAGGGUCGGGGGGGAGGGGGGAGACAAGCUGAAGUCUGUACCUUGAUCCUGUAAUGAAGCAUGUCUGUACUGUCGGGCUCUGGCAAUGCCCUGUUAAACGAUGAACUGUUUGAGUUGUUCCUAAUUAUCUUUUGUGAUAAUGUGCUGCUGCGCUCUUUUUAAAAAAAUGUGUAAAUUGAAAAGGCAAGUGUUCAAAAAGAGAAACUUUUUUAACAAAAUACCCUUGGUAGGUCCUGUGAUUUAUUUAAAUUUUCUUUAGUUGAUACUAUCUUCCUGAACUGCAGUUUGACAUGGAUGUGAUUAUGGUAGAGACUGGUGGGAGAUGGUUGUUCUUUGAACAGUUGAGGGACUAACUGAUCCAGCUGCUGCAUUAGGAGUGGCAAAGGGAAGUGCCACAAGUCUCUCAGUACCCACAAGCUGGUGGGAAGGUGGGAAUUAGAUAAGUUGCAUCCUAGGUGGUUUUCAUGGUUACUUUGCCACCAUUUGGUCAGUGUUGUGACUGUGAUUUUGUGCUUAGGGUGGGGUCCUUGAAAUUAGAACUCUUUGCCAUUAGGGAAAUAAUGGGUAAUGGUGGCUUCAUGCUAGGAGUUCUGUUUUGCUUUUAAGGUCAGUGGUUCUAAAUUUGAUAACUGUGGCAACCUCCUAUAGAUCCUACACACUUGAAGACCUGACCUGGCAUUGUAGGACAAAGCAUCUCAGUGAGUUGCUCAUGAAACAGCUUCACUCCCAGUCCUGCAUAGCUGAUGUAGUAUUUUGUGGAGAUUAAAGUGUCAUGAUUAAUAUUUUUGCAAAUGGCCUAUAUCCUAUUAUGAGUGUUCAGUUCCAUUACACCCAAGGACUUGAAUGCCUUUGCCUUGUGUAUGUAAGCAUUGAGCUUUUUGUCUAUCAAACCUGAAUCCAGCCUGCUGUGGACUCUGAUCUCUGAAGCAAAGUGUCGCCAUUUUGAUUACCAUGUAGAUUACUAGUAUCACACCAGUUUCCCACCAAAAAUAGUGCUGUAUAACUGGCUUACAAUGACAUGGAUACAACUUCCCACGUUUAUUGGUGCACUUUGGCUGUGUUGAUCAGUGUGAACUAUUCAUACCCAUUGUUCUUAUCCUAGGGAAGCAGUGUUCUUAACCAUUUUUGACUGUACUGUUUUCUCUUGGCAAGUUUCUACCUGUGAAGAGUCUUUUAAAAAUGUUUUCCAGCUGUUAAGUUAAGUUCUAGGGAAAUAAGGAUUACGAUUGGUGAUCAAACUUGCCCAGAGUCUGUGCGUAUGUUGCAUUAGUUAGGCAGGAUUCUAUUGACUGCAUUCCUCUGGUUUAUCUUUAAGCUUAAAAGUGAAAGAUUUUUGCCUGUCCAAUUUAACUGGUCUGCAAGUGAGUUUGAUUUUGCUGGGGAAUGUGGAGUGUCUGGCUCUGUCGGCCCUGGUCACUCAUGCAUAUUGCCAGGCAAAUAGAUUGCUUAAACCCUUGAUAUGUAACCAGACUUGGUGUUAGCUGGUGUUCCACUUGGUGGUAGGGGGUGAUAAUUGAGCAGGAAUUUUGGACCAGACCCAGUAACUUCAUUUUUGCCCACCUGCCCUUAAUGUCGGGAUUUCAUUCCCAGUUUCUUGCCUUCAACUUUGUCUUGUGUUUGAUUUUCUACAAACAUUCCCAGAAAUCCUCCCACAGUCCAAGAAUUGGCUGGUAGGUUAAUUGGCCCGUGUAAAUUGUCCUGUAAUUAGGAUAGGGUUAAGUCAGUGGAUGCAGUUCAUCAGGCUGGAAGGACCUGUUCUGUAGUAUCUUUAAAUAACCCUCUCUCUCCCUGCCCAAAGUGAGGUAUUCUUAUACAUUUCUGAUUUCUGCAGUUUGAAGUGGCGCUAGGCAGUUAGUUCUGUCUGCUGCCAUAGAUCCUAAUCGCAGAUCUUCAGACAUAUUGCCACUGGAGUGGUCGGGUACAAACCUGCCAGGAAUUGACUUUUUUUGGUGAUGGGGGCAGUGGAUGGGUAUGGAAUUCCCUUUGGACAAAAAAUGGGACUGAGUGCCUAGGUCUCCUCCGUGAAGCAAGUCCAAAUAUAUUAACUUUACCAGCAAUCACCAAGACUAGGGUCGAGUUGUAUUUUGUAGGGCUUGCAAUGGGUGCUGAAGAAAGCUGUGCUUGGAGUACCUGCCAAUAGAUUGUGUUCAUUGUCUGUUUUAAUUUAUUAAGUGUGUGUUUAGCUGUGGCUCUCUACAGUACCAGUAAGUAGGUGAGAAUGAUCUUUGAAGGUGAGUGAAACUAUUAAAGGGUUUGUGGUGCUCCUCUGCCGUGACAUCUAGAAGCAAACAGUUGACUUUAUCUGGCUGUAUCUCAGUCUGUCUGAGCACUUGUGGACUGGAUGUUGCAUGCUCAAUGUGACACAUACUUUCCGUAUCCUUAAGUGUUAUUCAUAGAUGUAGACAGCAGUGUAUCUUUGUCAUGCUAAUGUAACCUGGGUAUAUUGUUUGAAGAUCUAAACUGGGAAGGUGGUUAUUUCAGGAAGUUGGGUGGGUUAGGGGGAAAGGUAAAUGGGGAGGGGGGGAAGAAAGGGUAAUUUGGGAUGUUAGUGACAGAGCAUUGAACAGAUAUCGAGCUGCUUUGUUUUAACUGUGUGACCAAGAGUUUCUGGUAUAUUUUUUUUUGCUUCACUCACUGCCAUUUCUGUGAGUGAAGUUACACCAAAAAAGUCAAAGGCCUACAGCAGGUGUUGUUGGCUGAAAGGUGUUCUUCCAUUGUUUGGUGUUCCUGCAAUCAGUUGGAAUUAGGCAGAGGUGAGAUUUCCCCUGAUGGUCUGCAGAGCAGUCAUUUUCCCUGGAAAGAGGAAAUCAAGGUGGGAGCGUGCCUGGAAACAGCAAGCAUUUUUACAGGGGUGUCUGAUAUGUAUUGCAUUAAUAAAUUGUAUUAAUAAAUUAUGAUUAAAGGGAGGGGUGGGAACCCAUUGGGAAACCUCUGUAGUGAUUUGAAUUCUAGGUCUCCUUUCCUCUGGCUGAGAGUCAAGCAACUGCAUUUGCUGUGGUCUGCCUCCUGGCUAUGCUGGGUACUGGUCUAACCAACAUGACUGAGAUGAAGACUGAAUUGGAAUUUCGCUGCUCCCUCGUUCCACUGCUGCUUGCAGAUGGUGGACCCUGUGCACAGACUUUGAGUGGGCAGAGGAUUGGCACAUUUUCUCACAUUGGGAUGGACUCUUAUACCUGUCUUGUGCGGACCACUAGAAAGGAAGUGAGUUGUGUCAGUGUACUGUGUACUGUGUUAACAUUAUCACUGACACUAAUCUCAGUGGCCUGUAAAAGAUGGUUUAGCUUGAUUCUUCUGUCAAAAGUUACCAAUUAUACAACAAACUAUAAUGUUUGACUGUUCAAACAGUCCUAUUUCAGAAUAUUUUUAUGGAAUUUGGGUUUACAGAAAAGAUUGAGAAUAAAAACACUGUAAGCUGUGAAAUCUGGUUCAGGCAAAGAAAGUAUCUGAGAAAAGGCCGCAGUCUCCCUGCUGGAUUUUGCCAUGUCCUGAUCUGCAUGAAGGCAAGCUCUUGCAGGUGUGCUGUUCCAUCAAAGAAUUUGUUAUCACACUGGGUGCUCAGAAGGGAUGAACUGACUGUUUCUCAGAUACUCUUAUUCCUGAGCUGAUGACUAAAACUGACCCCUCCCUAAACUCCUGUACAAGUGUUAUGCUGUUGUCCCCUUUUAACCUUUGAGUUGUAUAUUUGUAAAUGUGCGGUGUGUUUCCUGUGAAUUGAUCAGUGUAAUGCCGGCCGUUUGCACCUUUGCUCAACUGAGAUUUUUUCUCAUUUUUAUAUAAAUUUGUUUUUUAUUUUUUUCCUUUAUGGACUAAAAUCGGUUUCUUGUGACUCUA